CCUGGCGCUUGCUCGCUCGAGGCGGUUACUGGCCUUCCACGGAUGUCCAUUCAAAAGUGGUCUAGGUUACCCGCAAAGGGCAAAAAGUUUAAGAUGUUCUAAACAAAACAAAACAAAACCCGUCAGAUAUGGGCAAUUCGGUAUAUUUUGUCAUCACCAGCGAUUUUCAUUGUCGUACUGGGGCCGCAAAAUUGACCUCAUAGGUCUUAAAAAUAUUUCUCCAGGACCACCCAUUCAGCGUCUCCCAGUGGAAUGCCCAGUGAACAGAGUAUCUGUCAGGCAAGAGCUGCUGUUAUGGUGUACGAUGACGCCAACAAGAAGUGGGUACCAGCUGGUGGCUCCACUGGGUUCAGCAGAGUUCACAUCUAUCACCACACAGGCAACAACACGUUCCGAGUGGUGGGCAGGAAGAUUCAGGACCAUCAGGUGGUGAUAAAUUGUGCCAUCCCUAAGGGGUUGAAGUACAAUCAGGCUACGCAGACCUUCCACCAGUGGCGAGAUGCUCGACAGGUGUACGGCCUCAACUUUGGCAGCAAGGAGGAUGCCAAUGUCUUCGCAAGUGCCAUGAUGCACGCCUUAGAGGUGUUGAAUUCCCAGGAAACAGCCCAGAGCAAGGUUGCUGCUACCCAGGACAGCACUAAUUUGCGAUGUAUUUUCUGUGGGCCAACAUUGCCUAGACAAAAUUCUCAACUACCUGCCCAAGUUCAAAAUGGUCCAUCACAAGAGGAAUUGGAAAUUCAAAGAAGGCAGCUGCAAGAGCAGCAGCGACAAAAGGAGCUGGAGCGCGAGCGCGUGGAGCGGGCGGAGCGCGAGCGGCUGGAGCAGGAGCAGCUGGAGCGGGAGCAGCGGGAGCGGGAGCGGCAGGACCGGCUGGAGCGGGAGCGGCUGGAGCGGAUCGACCGCGAGCGGGAGCAGCGGGAGCGCCAGGAGCGCCAGGAGCAGCGGGAGCGCCAGGAGCAGCGGGAGCGGGAGCGGGAGCGUGAGCGGGAGCAGCGGGAGCGGCAGGAGCAGCUGGAGCGCGAGCAGCUGGAGUGGGAGCGUGAGCGCAGGCUGUCGGCCGCCGCUGCCCCUGCCUCUGCGGAGACUCCUCUAAACUCUGUGCUGGGGGACUCCUCUGCUUCUGAGCCAGGCUUGCAGGCAGCCUCUCAGCCGGCCGAGACUCCAGCCCAACAGGGCCUUGUCUUGGGACCACCAGCACCUCCGCCCCCCCCACCACUCCCUCCGGGGCCAGUGCCGGCUCCAGCAGUGCUGCACCCCCACCCGGGGCCUCCGCCCCCACCUCCACUCCCUGCUACAGGGCCUCCACCCCCGCCCCCGCCGCCCCCUCUUCCUAAUCAAGCACCCCCGCCUCCCCCUCCGCCUCCCGCUCCCCCACUCCCUGCAUCUGGAUUUUUUGCCGGAUCUGCAUCUGAAGACAAUCGCCCUUUGACUGGACUUGCGGCUGCCAUCGCCGGAGCGAAACUGAGGAAAGUGUCCCGGAUGGAGGAUGGCUCUUUCCCAAGCGGAGGGACUACCGUCGGUGUGAACGCGGCCUCCUUGAAGUCGGACACGGGCCGUGGGAAUGGACCCCUUCCUUUAGGAGGCAGUGGGCUGAUGGAAGAGAUGAGCGCCCUGCUGGCCAGGAGGAGAAGAAUUGCUGAAAAGGGAUCAACGGUAGAAACAGAACAAAAAGAGGACAAAAAUGAAGAGUCAGAGCCUGUAACUUCUAAGGCCUCGUCGACAAGUACACCCGAACCAACAAGAAAACCUUGGGAAAGAACAAAUACAAUGAAUGGCAGCAAGUCACCUGUUAUCUCCAGACGGGAUUCUCCAAGGAAAAAUCAGAUUGUUUUUGACAACAGGUCCUAUGAUUCAUUACACAGACCAAAAUCUGCACCUUCAUCACAGCCCAGUGCCAACGGCGUCCAGACGGAGGGGCUAGACUACGACAGGCUGAAGCAGGACAUUUUAGAUGAAAUGAGAAAAGAAUUAACAAAGCUAAAAGAAGAGCUCAUUGAUGCGAUUAGGCAAGAACUGAGCAAGUCCAAUUCUGCGUAGAGAGACGAACCGAGGAGGAAUAGGACUCUAGUCUGGAGAAAGAGCCCUGCGAACCACAGCUGUUAACAACAAACCCCUACAUUUGUGAGCUGCGAGAAGAAAGUGGAGACAAACAGUCGGAAGAGGAAAACCAACAUCCUCACGAGCCUUCAGACGCGUUAUUCUGGCGAUAAGCUAUUUCCCUCCCAGUUUGCUGCUUUUUUCUGACCUUUUCAACAGGAUGAAAGAGUCGGAUAUGAAUUCCUGUUUCAUAGUUAUGCAGAAAAUACUAAACCUAUCAGGCAAGAUCGCCGUGCAUUGAAAUAUUUUCAUGUCAAGACAAAAUCGCACGUUUUUCACAAUCCAUUGCUAAAAUAAAGAGGAGAAAGGCUUAAGAAGUUUGUUUUCAGAGAGUGCUGAUGAAGAAAUGAGCAAGUUACACAAUUGUAUUGUAAAUGUUUCUCUCAGGUUUGUCUUCCUAUCACAUUUGAUAUUCCGUGAGGGAUGGAGAUCAGCCCUGUGUAGGUUAAGAUCCUAAAAUGUGGAACAAAUGGAAUUGUAUGUGCUUUCCAAGGGUGAUAUUUAUAAGAAAGUGUCCUAAAAAUGGUUUGUCUGGCUUGAGGAAUUUUAGAAUGAUAGGAAGUCUCUCGAGUUAGCCUUCAUGCAAUUUUGUAGAUUAAAACAUAAAAUUCGUCCAGAAUUUAAA